AACGUGGGUUUACAUUCAAAAAGCUUUUAACUCUAACAAAAUUUCAGCUGUGAGAUUAGGGACCAAAAGGUGUACGUCUUUAAGCCUUUUGCAUUUACAAGUACAACUAACUACUUCACAAAAUCUAAAACUAUAUCUAAAUUAAAAUCCGUAACUCCAAAAUGGGUUUUGGGUUUUGCCUAGCUACUCUUGUAUAAAUAGAAACAUAAUCUUCCAUCAAGCCUUAUUCAUUAGAUAUCUCUUCUCCAGUAAUUGAGAGCAGACACAAGAGUAUUUUGUAGUAAAUAAAUGGAGGAAACGAAGGAGAGAAAGAUUGUGGUAGCAGUGGACGAAAGCGAAGAGAGCAUGGAAGCUCUCUCAUGGAGUCUUGACAAUCUUUUUCCAUAUGGUUCCAAUAAUACGCUCAUCCUUCUCUACGUCAAGCCCCCUCUCCCCGUUUACUCUUCUAUUGAUGCCGCAGGUUUUAUAGUGACCGGAGAUCCGGUUGCAGCCUUAAAUAAAUAUGAACACGAGCUAGUAGAAUCGGUCAUGGCUCGAUCUCAAACCGUGUACCAAGAUUUUGAGUCCGAUAUUAAUAUAGAGAGAAGAGUUGGACGUGGAGAUGCAAAGGAGGUUAUAUGUAACGCAGUUCAGAAACUGAGGGCUGAUAUGUUAGUUAUUGGCACACAUGACUAUGGCUUCUUCAAGAGGGCUUUGCUAGGCAGUGUAAGCGAGUAUUGCGCCAAACGAGUGAAGUGUCCAGUGAUUAUCGUCAAGAAGAAGGCUCAAAACAAUUGAGCUCGUAAUUCUUAUGAUUGUACAAGUUCUUGAAAGUUAUUGAUGUAAUUAUGUAACAGUUGUAUCAAUUUCGUAUGCAUUUAAACCAGAAAAAAAAAAAAAAAGAAGUUAA